GGGCUGCGCAGCGCUCCCAAAGACGCACGGCUGACGUCCGACUCGUUUCCAUGCCGCUCUCUUCCUUCCACACACGCGAACGCGCGCAGCCCAACAGAACACGUCAGCUGCUGGAGAGCGGCUAACAGUGAUUUAAAUGCGGGCAGAGAGGGAAGGUGUCUGCUUGAGAUAAGAGCGACUCUGGGAAGAGUGAGUCUCAGACUGCCACACGGUGGAGCAAAACCCGACAAAACUUUUUUUUUAUUUUUUGCCAAAUCCCCCCCUCCGUCGAAAAAAAAAACCCAUCACCCUAUCACAAACUAAAAUAGAAAGUUUUGAAAUCCCCCUAUAACAAUUUAUCAUGUUUGAUUCUUUUGGUUGACUUGUCUUUUUCCAAACAAGUUCCAGCAACUCUUUUUUAUACUGUUGUUGUUUUUUGUAUUUAUUUUUCUAAAAAAGAGAGAAAAAGAAAAGAAAAAAAUGUAGAGGCCGUGGCCUCCCGCUGUGCCACCGCAGUGACACGGACUGCCAUGCUGGUGUCCAACGUGAGCCUGGGCGGCUGUGCGGAGUUCAACAGCGCUCUGUGCGCCGGAGCCGGGGAAGAGCACCUGGGGGGCGGUUCAUACAGGACCACCCUCACCCCGACAGGACACCUGAUCGUAGCUGUGUGCCUCGGCUUUAUCGGCACUUUCGGACUGGUCAACAACCUGCUGGUGCUCGUGCUCUUCUGCCGUUACAAGAUACUGCGGUCUCCCAUCAACCUGCUGCUGAUUAACAUUUCCAUCAGCGACCUGCUCGUGUGCGUGCUCGGGACUCCGUUCAGCUUCGCGGCCAGCACGCAGGGAAGGUGGCUCAUAGGGGAAGGGGGCUGCGUGUGGUACGGUUUCGCCAACUCCCUUUGCGGCAUCGUUUCUUUGAUCUCCCUGGCUGUUCUCUCCUACGAGCGCUACAGCACCAUGAUGACCCCCGCUGAGGCAGACUCCUCCAACUACCGCAAAAUCUCCCUGGGCAUCAUCUUGUCUUGGGGUUACUCCCUUCUGUGGACUCUGCCUCCGCUCUUUGGCUGGAGCCAUUAUGGUCCAGAGGGUCCAGGGACCACCUGCUCGGUCGACUGGACGGCUAAGACGGCCAAUAACAUAUCAUAUAUCAUCUGUUUGUUUGUCUUCUGCCUCAUUGUGCCCUUCAUGGUGAUCGUCUUCUGCUACGGAAAGCUACUGUAUGCAAUCAAACAGGUGAGUGGGAUCAAUGUGUCAGUGAGCAGAAAACGGGAGCAGCGAGUGUUGUUUAUGGUGGUUAUCAUGGUGAUCUGUUACCUGCUGUGCUGGCUGCCAUAUGGUAUCAUGGCUUUGCUGGCCACCUUCGGACCACCGGACCUGGUCACACCAGAGGCAAGCAUCAUUCCCUCGGUCCUGGCCAAGACGAGCACUGCCAUCAACCCAGUCAUCUAUGUCUUUAUGAAUAAACAGUUUUUCAGAUGCUUCCAGGCCAUGCUACGAUGUAAAGCUCCACUACGAGGCUCCAGCGCCAGAAGCUCCUCUAAGGUUGCCACCAAGGCAGUGAGGGGGGUGGCCGUGACUGGGGUCCGCCGCACCAAUGAUUUCCUAUUUUUGGUAGCCUCACUGGGUCAACCAGCCGCCGCUGUGCCCCAACUGGGCCCAUCUUGUGAACCCACCAUUGACAUCUCCAAAGCCCACUCUUCAGACAACAAACCUGUUGUAGUGUCACUAGUGGCCCACUUUGAUGGCUGACAAUUUUCUUUUUUUACUUUUGAAAUAUCAGAGCUUUUCAACUGCAAGUCUUUAACAAUGAGAGGGGAGCAUCAGCCUGGCAGUGCAUGUGGCUCAAGCACUGCUGUUGCACCAAAUCUCUCUUGGCUAGAGAUGGAUUUCAAACAAAGAAGCCCUGGGAUGUCCCUGGAUGUUAUUUGAGACAGUAAACCUGCAGAAGCUGAGUGUCUCCCUAAAGUAAGGAUUGCACUGAAUGGAUCUUUCUUUUGGACAAGAGCAGAAAAACAAAUUCGGUAAUAAGGUAUUGACUAUAAAAGAAAAAAGAAAAAAAACAGACAUGGGAUUUGUUCAAGGUCAAGAAGGACAUUUUGUGUAUUUUUGUAACAUUUCGUACUAAUGUCGAAUAAAUUGAUUAGAAAGGAUGUUUAUAGUUAUAGAUUUAAAAUUCCUAUUAAAUGUUGAUGAAUCCAAAAAUGAACUUCAAAUACAGACUUAAGACUUUAGAAAACUACCAGUCAAUUUUAUUCUCUAUUUCCUUUCUUUUUUUAUUUGGUGUACAGGCAGGAUUGGUAUGGUAGCAUGCUAUUUUUUUGCAAGAGUAAAGUGACCCAAAGAAAUAUGUGCAUGUUGGUAAAGAUCAAGGUAUUCCUGUAGGAACAUGCAUGUGGAGUGUGCAAUAGAAAAACCAAAUGUGUUUGAGAGGUUAACUACACCAGUAUUUUUACUGUUCAGUAUUUUUAAUGUCUAAUUCCCCGUUACCUUUUUAAUUAUGUAUACCUGUUGUCAAAAUGGUAAGGCUUUUACAUGUGAGAAACAGGAUUUUCUUUUUCAAAAAUGAUAUCUUUAGACAUCCUUUAAAAAUUUCUGUCAUGUUCAUGUUAUGUGUAAGUUAUAGCCUCUGCAAUUCACAGUGUUUCAAAUGUUUGCAUUUUCAAAAAAUCAAUGGCACACGUGAAACCGCCAAAAAGCAAAAAUCGAUUUUUUUUUAUUGCAUUUAUUUGAUUUGAGGUUUGGUUCAUGUUCUUCACUACAAAACACAUAAGCUUUUAUCAAUCAGUUUGACACAUUCUUUUUUCUUGCAACAGAGAGGAUAAGUAUAUUUCAAGCUAAGGCUGUGAUUUGAAAUGCUGUGUUUUCUGUGUCAGCGUGUACGUUGCAUUCUAGAUUCGCGUUAUUCCAUUGUGUUGUGUUUGUCUUAGCACUUUCACACAAACUGUUGUCCGUACAGUUAAUGGUUCCGGUGUAUGACUUGAUACCAAAGGAAAGGACAUUUUAAUAUUUUUGAAAGGGAGUUGUUUAAUAAAUUUAAAAAAAUGCAUAUAAAAAAAUUA